AUGAUCGAAAAGAAUUCAUUUUCUAAUUGUUAUGAAUUGCAAGAAAUUCUCAUUGAAUCAAAUUGUUCAAUCACCGGAGAUGUUUUUGAGAAUUGCAGCAAAUUAGAAAAAAUUGGUAUUAAUUCACAAAAUUAUGAUAUAUUACAAAUCGUAUCUUUCCAUAACACAGUUAAAUCAAUCACACUUAAUUUAUCCGUCAUCAAAUAUCCAUCACUUUCAUCAUUCAAUCAUCUUGAAACCAUUAACAUCUUUUCUCAUGAAAAUGAUUCACUUAUCAAUGAAAAUUUCAUCACAUCAUCCAAUGUGAGCAUUUCUAUCUUUGGAAACAUCAAACGAAUUUCAGAUAAAUCAUUUUCUAACAGUUAUAUUAACACAUUCUUGUACUGUGGCGAUCGAUCAGUUGAAGGUAAAUUCCUUUCCAAAGAUCGUGUGAAAAUUGUUAAUGUUUCCGAAUACUAUCCUCACAAGAACAUUGGUGGUCUUCCUGCUCAUAAAACAUCUGAAUGUCCAAACUUUCCUAAAAAGCCAUAUGUUAGACUUACCACAUUUCAAAUCAUUCUGAUUUCUUUAUCGGUUGUUAUUCUUAUUUCCAUAUGCAUUACAAUUCUUAUCAAAAUUCAAAGAUGUCGUAAAUCUCAAAAGAACAUCGAAAGCAAAUUAAUGUUAGAAAGACUUGUUAAUGCUGAAUUCGGAUGA